AUACACACUCACUCACUCACAGUCACACACACUCAUCUAGAUUAAUGUACAGCUCAGGAUGUUGCAGCCACAGCAGCCCAUCACAGGCAACGGGCCCAGCGCAAGCCGCGGUCUCGGGUUGAACGUCCACCCUGGAAUGCAUCCCCUUAACCCGGUACACCCGACUUCUCAACACCGCUCCGAUGGAGACCCCGCGGGCCUCGAAGGAACCGAAAAUGGACACAACAACCGCCGAGACAUCGGAGAUAUCCUGCAACAGAUCAUGACGAUCACCGACCAAAGUUUAGACGAAGCGCAAGCAAAAAAACACGCUUUAAACUGUCAUCGAAUGAAACCGGCUUUAUUCAGCGUCCUGUGCGAAAUUAAGGAGAAAACUGGUCUUGCUAUGAGAAAUGCUCAGGAGGAGGAGCCUCCAGACCCACAGCUCGUGCGAUUGGACAACAUGCUGCUGGCCGAAGGUGUAGCCGGUCCAGAGAAAGGGGGCGGGGCCGCCGCCGCGGUCUCUGCCGCGACCAGCUCUGGCGGCAUGUCACCUGACAGCUCACUGGAACACUCCGACUAUAAAAGCAAGUUGAGCCAAAUUCGGAACAUUUACCACACAGAGCUGGAAAAAUACGAGCAGGCCUGCAGUGAGUUCACUACCCAUGUUAUGAACCUGCUGAGGGAGCAGUCUCGCACCCGUCCCGUGUCUCCGCGCGAGAUCGAGCGCAUGGUGGCCAUCAUCCACCGCAAGUUCAGCUCCAUCCAGACGCAGCUCAAACAGAGCACCUGUGAAGCGGUCAUGAUACUGCGCUCACGCUUUCUGGAUGCCAGACGUAAACGGCGCAAUUUUAGUAAACAGGCCACAGAGGUCCUGAACGAGUAUUUCUACUCGCAUCUCUCGAACCCUUACCCCAGCGAGGAGGCCAAAGAAGAGCUGGCCAAGCAGUGUGGUAUCACUAUGUCUCAGGUGUCCAACUGGUUUGGCAACAAGAGGAUUCGCUAUAAGAAGAACAUUGGGAAGUUCCAGGAAGAGGCCAAUCUGUAUGCCAUGAAGACGGCUUUAGGGGCGACACAGAGCGAGGAAUCCCCCCACACUCCAAACUCCACUGGCUCAGGGUCGUUCUCGCUGUCAGGGUCAGCUGACUGCUUCCUAGGAGUUCCUCCAGUGAACGGAGAGCAGCCGUCCUAUCACAUGGGGGCUCAGGACGCUCAAUCACGCUUCUCAGAAAGACUCUGUAGUACCAGAGAGAGCCGGACCAAUGGUAGCUGGCAGGAGCAGAACACGCCACCCUCCGCCACUUCACCCAACAGCGAUCACUCCGACAACUCGGACUGAUGAGCUCCUUCCGCUCAGAUCCCGGAGGACACACGAAAUGACGAAAGAAUGAUGAUCACUCUUCUACCCAAAUGCAGUUUUAGUUUUUUCGCAUUUAUUUAGUUUUUAGAAGCUCAUUAUCAGACUCUACAUGAAACACGAGCAGAGAUCUUCCAUGUACACAAUUCAUAAAGCUGAUCAUAUGACAAUUGUCGUAUUCCAUUCAAUACGGUAAUUUACCUAAGAAUGGGCCUCAUUCAUGAAGCAUGAUGUAAAUUGUUUGCAAAAUCUUGAAAAGAAAAAUGCAUUCAGUGCAGUGCGAGCAGAACAGAUUUCUGUCCAAAUGUCUCGCGCACACAUAUAUAUUAUAUAUAUACAUUUGUGACCCUGGACCACGAAAGCAGUCUUAAGUCUCUGGGGUAUAUUUGUAUCAAUAGCCAAAAAAACAUUGUAUGGGUCAAAAUUAUAAAAAAAAUUUUUAUGUCAAAAAUCAUUAGGAUAUUAAGUAAAAAUCAUGUUCCCUGAAGAUAUUUUUUACAAGUUGUCACGAUCAUUAGCUGGAGUGCCCAUAAACUCCAAUAGAGGGCACUCCACUCAGGACUCUGCCAUUUUUGUUUCCAUCCCCUUUUUCAAACUCAAUUUCCCAUCCUGCCUCAUUCCUGGGACUGAUUGCACACACACACACACACACAUAUAAGCAGCACAAUCACUCUCAGUCUGGGUGAAGUCUUGUUUAGCCCCGUCUAGCAUUUCCGAGCAUUUUUCCUGUGUUUGUUCUUCCCGUUUUUGAUUUUGGAUUGUGUAUACCGCCUUUGAUUCUCUGCCGCCUGCCCCGACCUCUGCUUGUGACUGUUGAUUAUUGAUUCUGGAUAUCCCUGACAUACCUGACGCCGUUCCUGAUUACUGCCUGUCCGACCAUUCUUAUAAUAAAGUUCUGCAUAUGGAUCCGAACGUCUCCGACUCUCCUUGUAACAGAAGACUUCGCCCAAACUGAGAGUGAUUGUGCUGCUUAUGUGUGUGUGUGUGUGUGUGUGUUUGCAUCUCGGCCAAAUAUUGUCCGAAUCUUAUAAAUAAAUCAUCCAAACAUCAGUGGAAAGCUUAUUUAUUCAGAACUUAUGCUUAAUCACACUUAAGACUGGUUUUGUGGUCCAGGGUCACAUAUAUAUGUUACAGUUAAUGCAUAUGCCUACAUAUGUGCAUGUGUGUGUGUGUAUGUGUGUCUAUAUAU